AUGGCUACCCCGAGGACGCGUUAUCGCGGUCCGCCUGGCCCUCCCCUCGACGGGAAUCGAGAGGAUUGGGAGGACUGGGAGGACGAUGAAGUUAUAUCGCUCGCAGGCUCGGGAGAUGAACCUCUUAUCAGCCCGACCCAUGGAACACGUUCUGAGAUAAGUGGUGGGACAUCGAAGCGUCCAGAGCCACAGCCAUCUUCCUUGUCUUCUCAUCCGUCCGUCCAAAGACUCAAGCGACUGAAGUCGCGCCAGAGGCAAAAGGCCCAGAAUGCAAAAGCGGGCAUCAAGGUGGUAACGGACAUGACAACGUUCCGCCAGCAGCAGCAGCAGCAGCAGCAGCAGCAGCAACUGAAACAACAACACGUUGCGCAACAGUUUAAGCCUGCCCCUCAAAUCCGGGAGGUACGAGCUGGGAGAUUUGUCGACGCGGCCGCGCUACAGGCCCUAGAAGGGGGCAAAGUGCCAGAAUCCACGAGCGCCUUUGGUUGGCUUAAGAAGAAGCCCAGCCAAAUCCACAAGAACAGGAGGAUAGAACAACUGGCGGCCGAAGCCUCUACACAGGACGAUCUAUCACCCGCUCCCGGCCCCAUCGUCAUCGGGUUCGCCAUGCCGUCCGACUCGGAUGUUAUCAUCAGCCCUGAGACAGCCGUCGUGGAAACGCCGGUGGACUUCCCAAUGUACUUCAGCAAGCCGGCUAAGGUCUCCUCGCCAAAAUAUCCGACCUCCGCCUGGUCCCCAGACACACCAGAUACAGACGACGGACUUACUCCACGCGGGCCUGUUGGUGCCGGUUUCUCAAGAAGAUUCAACGAGUCAACCGCCCCGCCCGUUCCAAAGAGUUCUACAGGCGCCCAAACACUGACGGCUGCAGCUGUCGAUCUGGAUGGCAAUACUCCAGCUUCGAGAAACCCGGGAAAUAAGAGAUAUGUCAGUCAGGCGCUAGUCUCCCUCAGCGAGGAUGAAGGUGAUAUGGAAACCCCAGUCACCCUCUUCGAGGAAGAUGGGAGCCCUGUGGCUACGAGGCAGAAGGCUCCGCCCAGAGGGCUUCAGCGGACUGCGACGGUGGCAAGCUCUCGAUCCCAGGGUUGGUGGGAUCAAGUCACAUCACCGUUCGGGCCCAAAACCCCUGUGAUACCCGAAGCCACAGGUCCCGGCAGCCCCCAAGCCGAAGAGUCAGCAGAAUGGUGGAAAGGGAUGGACGAGAAGAAAGACUCAUCACCUACACGUCACGACAAUCACACAAGUGAACUUCCCCAGGCUACAAAAACGGCUCACCGUCCCCCAAAGAUAAUUAUUCACAGUGUCCCUCAUUCUGUAGCCACCUCCAGUUCCACCUCAUCGCCGGCUAUGGUUGAGACUCGAGCAGAGAAGACACGGAUACUUCCCGACGAGGGGAACAGAGCCUCUUCUGAGGUGCCCCCGCCAUACUCGCCGCCUUCAAAGAAGAAGAAGAACAAUAUCCGAUAUCGUGCCGUGUUCCCUCCUGGACAUCCCCUGAACUCAAUGUACCCACCCUCUCCUGGCCCAGUCUCGCCUGGCCUAUCAAGGACAAUGACGUCACAGGGCGCCAUUAGCCUCAGCAAUGUGCCCCUGACACCACCUCCUGUUCAGCUACCCAAUAGGGCUCCUGGGUCUUUUGUAACUGGCCAUCGUUUCCAAGGCAUGACUGGCAAUGGCCCCAGACAGAAAGCCGAGCGCCAGCGACGUCGACACGAGAAGGAGGACGCUAUUGCGCGGAAGAUCGGCGGGCUGUGGAAAGGCCGCGGCUGUAUUCCCGGGAGUGGCUGUUAUGGCAGGCCCGGACCUGAGGGAAGGAAACGGAGGCGGGUGUGGUUUGGAGUUUGCGCCGGGAUACUCGGGUUGAUCAUUCUGGCCGUCGUCCUCGGCGUGACACUGUCUCACCGCGGCGGCGAAUAUACUGCACCAUCGCCGUGGCUCAACCUUACCGACUUCCCGCCGAUCCCCACGGGCAUCGCAACUGUAAUCGGCCCCAGCUCUGAUUCUACCUCGGCUUGUGUUGAAAUUCCGACGCUCUGGACCUGCUCCCUACCCAAAGAGGAGGCCUCGUCGGCUGCGCCUUUCAAUGCAAACCAGCCAAGCUUUGUUUUCCAGAUCCAGUUCGAUAACAACACGCGGCAACUCUGGAACGUCACGGGCCAAGAGCCCCCCCAUCCGACUCCGGUGUCAGCGUCCUCGGAAGCUCGCGGUCUUGACGCUCGCGGCGGGGCUGUUGGUGUCGCAUCGUUAUCGAGGCGACCGACAGACAGGCGUCGAGCUGGCUCGGCCUUUGACGUUGGGUUCAAGCCAGAUCCCUCUCCUCCGGACUUUCAGAAUAUUUGGUUUCUGGGCAACACGACGGACGGGAUUGUAUCCGACGACAAGGCCGGGGAGCCGACGCCUUUCUUCAUCAGUGUGCUGGAAUCCCUUGGCGACUCAGCAGGCCCCAACAUGAUUAGCCGUCGUCAAAGCUCGAGCUCUAACAGCACCAAAAGCAACUCGACCUUUAUUCCCGAUUUUGAGUCCUUUCUCCCCCCGCCUGUCCUCGACAGGGACGGAACAGGCGCACCAGCAGUGCUCCUUGCACAUCCAUCUCAGCAGCCACUUCGGCUGUUCGAUCGUGGGCUGCCGACCGAGCACUACGGGUUUUACAGCUACUAUAACAAAACCACGUACUACCAAUCGGUCUCGUCGCAGGACCCUGCAGACCAGGAUGGCGGCUCGCUCAAGUCGGAUGCCAAGUUCGUGGUUACGUUUUUGACAGCACGCUACAAAGUGGAGAUCUGGACGCGGCGGUCCAACACGACGCGGCUCGUGGGAGGCAACGGCGGCGUCGCGUCGAGCGCCAACGACACGCAGCCGGGCACGCUGCCGUAUCCCGUCACCAUUACGCUAGACACACACGGCGGCGACCCGCACCUCAAGACGUCAUUUGUCCGAAGCAUAGACGACAACCAUCACAUUGUCCGUGACGCCCGUAUCUUACCCAACGAUAUGACGGUAAACGGGAACUUGGUCAAUCCGUCGUUCCAGAAGGUGCCGAAUCCCAGCUUUGGCGGCAUAGAUGGGGGUAGUGGCGGCUGCAAGUGUGUAUACACCAACUUUAGAAUGCAAAAUCGGCAAGCCAUGACGGCUCGCACCCCCGCCCGUGGCCGGCGCUCACUGCUGACGCUGGCCAUCGAGACGUCGUGCGACGACUCGUGCGUGGCGGUGAUGGAGAAGGAGGGCCCGGCGGCACGGCUGCUCUUCGGCAACAAGGUCACGUCGGACCAGCGAAUGUUUGGCGGCGUGCACCCGGGCCUGGCCGUGGUCGAGCACGCGGCGCGGCUGGGUCCACUGGUGCAAGAGGCGCUACAGGUGCUACCUGAGGCGACUUCCAGCAGCAGCAGCAGCAGCAGCAGCAGCGGCGGCGGCGAAGAUACGCGGCGGCGGGCGCUGCCGAUCCGCGACGCGCGCACGGGCGAGUGGACGCUCCGCCGCGUGCCCGACCUCAUCGCCGUCACGCGCGGCCCCGGCAUGGCGGCCAGCCUGUCCGUCGGCCUCACCAUGGCCAAGGGUCUCGCCCUGGCCAUGCAGGUGCCGCUGCUGGGCGUGCACCACAUGCAGGCGCACGCGCUGACGCCGCGGCUCGUCGACGCCAUGGCGCGGACCGGGGAUGCAGCGGCGCAGCAGCAGCAGACGCCCGAGUUCCCGUUCCUCACGCUCCUGCUGUCGGGCGGCCACACGCAGCUCGUGCUGUCGCGGUCGCUGACGUCGCAUAAGGUGCUGGCCGAAGCUGAGACAACGGCACUGGGUAACAUGCUGGACCACGCCGCGCGGGCGGUGCUGCCAUCGGCGAUAACGUCGGGGGCGUCGGACGUCAUGUACGGAGCGCUACUAGAGAAGUUCGCGUACCCUGACGCGCCGGCGGCCGACAACAGCAGCAGCGGAUACGACUACGACGGCUACGCGCCGCCGGCUAAACGCGCCGACGAGCUGACGCAGUUCGACUCCGGGCUGGGCUGGAAGCUGCCGGCGCCGCUGUCGGACCGGCGCUCGCUGGAAUACAACUUCACAGGGCUGGGCAGCGCGGUGCAGCGCGCGGUCGCUGGAAAGCCUGACAUGGACGAGGCCGAGCGGCGGGUGCUGGCGCGCGCGGCCAUGAAGAUGGCGUUUGAGCACGUGGCCGGGCGCGUGGCGGCGGCGGCGGCGGCGGCGGCGGCUGAGCGGGCGGUGCUCGCCAAGAUCCGCAUGCUCGUGAUGGCGGGCGGCGUAGCGAGCAACCGGUUCCUCCGGCACGUGGUGCGGCGGUUCCUGGACGCGCGCGGGUUCGGGAACAUGGCUAUCGUGACGCCGCCGGCGGCGCUGUGCGUCGACAACGGGGCCAUGAUCGCGUGGGCCGGGGCAGAGAUGUGGGAGGCCGGCUGGCGGUCCAACGACGCCCUGGCCAUACUGCCGUCGCGCAAGUGGUCCAUCGACCCGGCCGCCGAGGGUGGUGGUAUUCUUUCCUCCUAUCACCAAGAGGAAUAG